ACUCCGAUGAAUUACGCCGCAAAAUACGCGAAUCUAGAGACGAUUAUUACUCUAUUGAAACGAGGUGCUCGAUUGGAUAUUAAAAAUGAGGUAGAAGUUAUGCCUAUCGAUAAUAUCUACGCAGAGGAUUUAGAAGAACAUUUAGAUAGCUGUAUAAAAAAGCGAUCAUUCCUUUUUCAGGAAUGUGAAGAAUCGAAGGUUUUAACAUUCGAUUAUACAACGUUGUUUUCUGUUAAAUCGUCAGAAACAGAAGUAAUCCUGCGUAUAGGUAAAAAUCCCAAACUGCAUCAUUUAUUACAUCACCCGAUUAUUUCGACGAUAUUCUAUCUUAAGUGUUUUAAAAUGAAACGGUUAUUUAGGAUUAAUUGUGUAUUUCAUUCGUUGUUUGUGGCCUAUUUAAUCGGUCAUAUUUGUACUGAAAGAUAUACCGAUAAUAAUUAUGGUUUUAUCUAUCUAUUAAGCAUUACUUAUGUUAUAUUCCUCAUAAAAGAAUUUCUACAAAUGUACUUACAUACUUACGAUUACAUAAUGGACCCGGAAAAUUAUUUAGAUAUUUUUAUAUUGUUUUCAACAGGUUAUUAUAAUGAAAUAUUCGCCGCAGCUAUUUUCUCGUCUUCACUUAAAAUGAUGUUUUUAAUUGCUCGAAUUCUGCAUUUUUCCACUUACGUUUCCAUUCUUAAAACGGUUUCGUGGAAUUUUUUUAAAUUUGUAUUAUGGGCUUCAAUUUUACUUGUGGCCUUCACUUUUGCAUUUUACGUUAUUUAUCGUAAAUCAUACAAAAAUAGUACUGAACAUAAAAACGAAAAAUUUUUUGAUAAUUCAAUUUCAACAUAUAUUAAAGUAAUCGCGAUGUUUUCGGGCGAACUUGAUACUGGAUCGUUAUUACAAGACGGAAAUUUAAGCUCACUUUUAGACAUAAUAAUUUUCGUAUUUUUUAAUUUCUUCGUAACAAUAACACUUUCUAACGUAAUCAACGGUUUGGCUGUUAGCGAUAUUCAGACGAUAAAAGCAAAAGCUGAAAUCUUAAAUGUGAUAGAGCGAAUCAAUCGCGUAGCAAAACUGGAAAUGGUGCUACGUGAUAAUAAUGUUUUAUCAAAAUUUUUAAGAAUUUUCGUUCGUGAUAUCAUGUCAAUUCAUGAUUGUUCCACAUGUAUUUGGUUAAAUCGAAAGAUCUCUAUGUUUUCCGAAAAUCGCAUAUCGAUCUUUUCUUAUACCAACGGAACGCAUCAUCAUAUAUCAAUGAAACUUUCAGCUUCAACAUGUCGAAUUGUGAACGAAUGUGGACAUUAUAGUCCACCUCAAAUAUCUUUCAAUAGAAACAUUAUUAGAAGUACUGAAAAUAUUAUUUCAAGACGUUCGAGGAAAUAAAUUAUUUCUAAUAUAAUAUCUAAGACAUAGAUACUGCGCAAUGAAGAAUUCGAAAAUUUUUUAUGUUUGUUAAUAUCGUAAUUAUUAAUUUUAUUGUAUGAAACAAAAACGAAAUUAUUGUGUUCUGUUUGUUUAAUAUCGCUGUUUGUUAAACUAUUUAAUAAUAGUUUAACUAGUUUCAUUUUAGCUGCUUUUAUAUUUUGCUUAAUAUACUUUUAU